AUGACUUUUACAACAAUAUCUCAAUCUAAAAGUGUUGGCUCAUCUGAUGGGCGUCGUUAUGUGAUGGAUUUAAUGAAGCCACUAAUUGUAUUUCAAAUACAUCUAUUGAGAGAUGUUCUUCGUUCAGCUAUGGAGUUUUUGAGACAAAUUGGAAAACGUGGUUUAUGUUUGGAUGAAUUUGCAGUGAAUUUUGAUGCAGCACGAGCAACAAUUUCGCAAGCUAUGAAUGCUUUUGACUUUGUUACGUAUAAAGCAACGUUAAGUAACAUUAAACAAUAUGCCCUGUUGACCAAACUAACAUCACAUUCAACAAGGGGCCAACAACAAUCUGCUAACAUUGAUUUUGAUGAAUGCGAAUUAAAAACGACGGGUGACGAGUUUGUUCAAAACGUUUUAGAAUCACUAGAUGAUCGUUUCAAUGGUGAAGCAAAACAAAUGAUUCAAGAUUUAUGCACAUUUUCUUCUCCAUCAAACCUUUCACCUGAAGAGUUAAUUAGUAAUUCUUUAAUACAGAAAUAUACAUCGCCAAUCACAUACAUACACAAGAGUGUGGAUGAGAAAGUAUACGAACGCACGGAUCAGCCUUUACUCAAUAUUAAAUUUUUAAAAAAUGAUGUUUACGCUUUCUUAAAAAUUGUUCAAAACAUCAGUUCAAUUCCAUCAAUCCUAUUGAGGCUGGCAAAACUUGGUAGUGAACAAUGUCCAGAAUGGUUUCGAUUAUACCAAAUACUAGCGACAUUUGCAGUUGGUUCAAAUGAAGCCGAACGAAUGUUUAGCAUAUUACGAAGAAUAAAAUCCUGGUUGAGAAACCGACUCAAUGAUACUACCAUCGAAAUCUUAUUGAAAUUGUCUAGCCUUAAUAUACAGCUCACUGAUGAUGGAAUUGACUUCAUUAUUCAAGAUUUCAUAAAAAGUCCAGGACGUGCAAAAUCACGAAAUGUAACAUUAUUUUUUGAAUCUGAUCAAUUGAAACAGAAAGAUGAUGAGUUUUGA